UGGGGCGUCUUUAGACGUCCAGAAGACCAGGCCGCACCCCUGGCUAAAUGAGAAUCUCCAGAGAAUGAGGCCCAGGCAUCAGUAAUUUGGAAAGCUGCCGGGAAGAUUGCAACAUGCAGCUAAGGGCCAAAACCACAGACUGGGAGCCGAUGCGUGGGGGUCAAAGUCGCGCGGCCUUUUCAGCGAAGGAUAACCGAGACAAGCUGUGAGAACCUGACCGCACCUCGCUUACACGUCACACCCUGGCUUACUGCGUAGUGAAGUUAAUUAACAAUGGCGGGGACUGGCGGGUCCGCCAGCUAGUAACGUGCCCCACGCCGCUGAUUGAGUGGAAGGCUCCACAGAGACAGACUCCAGCUUCCCGCCAAUGAGCUGGGCUGCAAGCGCAGCGUGGCGCUGCUCCGGCGGUGAGGCCCCGCCCCCAGGCGCGCUGGUCCGGCGCGGGAGCGGGGUACAGCCCUGGUGCGGCCUAGCAGUCAGGGUGCGGUCCUACGAGCCAGUUCUGGUCUGGCGCUGGCGCGCUCUCGCUCUCUGUCUCUCGCACUCUCCAUUGCCUCGGUUUCCCUCCACUAACCUGCGCGCCGAGCCGGGGUUUCUGGUCUUGUGCGUGGCUGCCGAGCGCGAUGAGGCGGGCGGCACUUAGGCUCUGUACCUUGAGAAAGGGGCUGCUUACUCCUGUCCGAGGACUGAUUCAAGGAUCCCAGAAUCCCGAGAAAGAGAGUGUCCUCCAUGUUUAUGAAGCACGUUCACCUAUAUACGUGAAUCAUGUUCGAGAUAAGUUGCGGGAGAUAGUAGGAGCAUCCACAAACUGGAGAGACCAUGUGAAAGCAAUGGAAGAAAGAAAAUUACUUCAUAGUUUUUUGGCUAAGUCACAGGAAGGACUGCCACCUAGGAGAAUGAAAGACAGUUAUAUUGAAGUUCUCUUGCCUUUGGGUAGUCAGCCUGCAUUACGAGAGAAGUAUUUGACUUUUCAGAACACCAUAAGAUUUGGCAGGAUUCUUGAGGAUCUUGACAGCUUAGGAGUUCUUAUUUGCUACAUGCACAACAAAAUUCCUUCAGCUAAUAUGUCUCCUUUAUCGAUAGUUACAGCCCUGGUGGACAAGAUUGAUAUGUGUAAGAGUUCCUUAAGCCCAGAACAGGACAUCAAAUUCAGUGGCCAUGUUAGCUGGGUUGGGAAGACAUCCAUGGAAGUGAAGAUGCAAAUGUUCCAGUCACAUGGCAAUGACUUUAGUUCUGUUUUGGAUGCAACAUUUGUAAUGGUGGCUCGAGAUUCUGAAAAUAAAGGGCCGGCAUUUGUAAAUCCACUCGUCCCUGAAGGCCCUGAGGAAGAAGAGCUCUUUAGACAAGGAGAAUUGAACAAGGGGAGAAGGGUUGCUUUCAGCUCCGUGUCGUUACUGAAAAUGGCUCCCAAUGCUAAGGAGAGGACGACCAUACAUGAGAUGUUUCUUAGCACGCUGGAUCCAAAGACUAUAAGUUUUCGCAGUCGAGUUUUGCCCCCUAAUGCAGUGUGGAUGGAGGAUUCAAAAUUGAAGAGCUUGGAAGUUUGCCACCCUCAGGAGAGGAACAUUUUCAAUCGGAUCUUUGGUGGUUUCCUUAUGAGGAAAGCGUAUGAACUUGGAUGGGCUACUGCUUGUAACUUUGGUGGCUCCCGACCGUUCGUAGUAGCAGUGGACGAUAUCAUGUUUCAGAAACCUGUUGAGGUUGGAUCGUUGCUGUUUUUUUCUUCCCAGGUUUGCUUUACCCAAGACAAAUACAUUCAAGUCCGAGUGCACAGUGAAGUGUCGUCUCUGCAGAGUAAAGAGCAUACGACCACCAAUGUCUUUCAUUUCACGUUCAUGUCGGAGAAAGACGUGCCCUUGGUUUUCCCCAGAACAUACGGAGAGUCCAUGUUAUAUUUAGAUGGGCAGCGGCACUUUAACUCCAUGCGUGUACCGGUGGCCUUGAAAAAGGAAUACCGUGUGGAGCCCUAGGGAACCCGCGCUUGUGGAAGACCAGCACCCUCAGGGACGAAGUGCCUGAUGAGGGCCUGAGCACCUGUAUUGGUUUUAGUGUUCAUUCUCAUCCUCCAUAGUGAAAAAGAAUAUAGUCAGCUUUUAGGAUGAUCAGAAAAGCAGAACAAGAGAGUGGCUGGGUGGGGCAGAGGGAGAGAGAGCUAUUAAAUAAUAAAUACUUUCAAGACGGUU